AGCAACCUCCCGCUUCAACUCGGUUUCGUGGGGGUCUCCCACCAAGAUUUUGCUGAUUUUCUAUUCGCAAAGCUUCGAUUUUUUUCUCAAUUAAAGGAAGAAUGUCUUCUUCAAGGAAAAGGGCUCGAGCAAUCUCUUCCGUUGCUGCGUUUGCGUUCUUUCUCCUCAUCAUUCUUCAGGUCCCUCUUUUCAGGGUUCCAUGUAGGAUUGGAAUGUGCACAACACCAAUGCAGGUUACAUCCUCUCAGUUGUUUGCGAGCGAACUCUUCCCUCAGUCUGUAGUUAAAGCUCUUCUCUAUCCGGGAGCUGUUGCCAAUGCUUUUGUGAUGAGCAAGACCAUACCAAGCUAUGAUGACUUGCUAGACACUUACAAUUUCGCCAAUUCGAAGGCGGUUUCAUCAGCUAUAGAUCUUCGACGCAUUGAGGUACUCGCGGGGAGCUACUUAAUGGUGGCAGGAGCUCUUCUUAGUCUCAUGAAGCCAGUGAAGAUGAGCUUUUUCGGUGCGCUUCUAGUCAUUUGGGGCCUGGCUAGGGAAGUCAUGCUUGCAAAGACUGCUUACUCCAAUCCAACAAAAUCCAUUUGUAUGUACCCGGCGUUGUUCUUUGCAGCAGUUUCUGCCUACGCCUCAAUGCGGAAGGAUGUGAGAAAGAUAGUACGUAUGUGCAGAACUAGGGAGGUCGAUAUGCAUAGACUGAAACAUGAGAAAGCAAAACACAAAUAAAAGAUAGUUAUAUCCAUCUGUAUAUGACAUCUAGUACGAUUCUUUGCAAAAUACUAGAAUUAGAAGGAUUAACUGAGAAAUCAUAUUUUUCGCUGGGCGAACCAGCCUUGUGUAAAGCAACUCUAGAAAAAAAUAUGACAUGAUUAGGAGCUGCAUUAGAGCAUUUCAUCAA